AAUUAUUUUAGGCCAGAUUUGGCUAAGAGGAAGUUACCUUCAAAGCCGGUUUCCUUAAUGGGGUUGGUAUGUGUUUUCAACAGUAAUAAAUGCUUCAUUUACACCGUCGCCAUUGGCAUUAUAUGUUCAAUUGUCAGUGGUUUUGGACAACCUGUAUUAGCACUGGUUGCUUCUCGAAUAAGUAACCUGAUGCUUACCUUAUUGCCAACCAGUAGCGAAUUUCGCACCAAGGCUUAUGAAAAUGUUUAUAUAUUUAUUGGCCUUGCAGCUUUAAUUGUUUCAGUUAAUUAUAUACAGUACAUGUGCUUCUCGGUAGCAUGCACAAGAAUAAUUGCAAAGAUGAGGCACCAAUUUUUACGUGCAGUUCUUCGACAAAACGCUGGUUGGUUUGACAAAAAUCAUAGCGGUACCAUUACAACGCAACUUAAUGAUAACAUUGAACGUAUCCGAGAAGGAAUAGGUGAUAAACUCGGGUUGUUAGUUCGUGGUGGUGCAAUGUUUGUCGCUGCUUUAGUUAUUUCCUAUAUUUAUCAGUGGCGAAUAGCAUUUGUUAUGGUUGGAAUAGCACCAAUUUCCUGCUUCAUUAUGGCACAACUUGCACAGCAAAUGGGUGCGUCAACACAGAAUGAAUUAGUCGGAAUUGGGAAAGCAGGCUCGAUUGCCGAAGAAGCUAUCUUAGGUGUAAGAACUGUUCAAGCGUUCAACGGUCAAGAGGAAUUGGUGAAACGAUAUGAAGAACAGUUAGGCAAAGGAAGAAAGCAUGGAAUUAUCAAAAGUUUAUGGAGCGGUUUUCUUGGAGGAUUGUUCUACCUAUUUCUCAACGCAUUUGCUGGCGCAGGAGCUUUAUACGGUGGACACUUACUUCGGAUUGAAAUUAUGGACAAGCCCGGAGAUGUUUUUACCGCAAUGAUGGCAAUGCUUCUAGGAGCUUAUUUUCUUGGUCUUAUUAGUCCGCAUUUAAUGGUGCUGCUUAACGCCCGAGUAGCCGCUGGCGUUAUCUACCAAACUAUCGACAGGGUGCCUAGAAUUGAUGUUUAUUCAACUCAAGGGAAAAGUCCGAAAAAUAUUCAGGGCAGAAUAGUGUUUAAAGAUGUUCAUUUUCGAUAUCCCACACGGAAAGACAUCAAAAUUUUGAAUGGUUUGAGUGUUGUAAUUGAACCGGGCCAAACAGUGGCGCUUGUUGGUCACAGUGGUUGUGGUAAAUCUACAUCUGUGGGUCUCUUGACAAGACUGUACGAAGCAGAAUCUGGAACGGUAACGAUUGAUGGAACAGAUGUUCGAGAAUUUAAUAUCGCGUAUCUGAGGAAUGUUAUUGGCAUUGUGCAACAGGAGCCUGUUCUCUUUAAUGAUACUCUGGAGAACAACCUCCGAUUUGGCAAGCCAGACGCAACUCUGGAACAAAUGAAAGAGGCUUGUCAUAUGGCAAAUGCUAAUUCGUUUAUCGCAAAACUUCCACAGGGCUACCAAACUCGAAUUGGAGAAGGUGGAGUCCAACUCUCUGGUGGUCAAAAACAGAGGAUUGCAAUUGCUCGAGCCCUUAUAAGAAACCCAAAAAUUUUACUUCUUGAUGAGGCUACCAGUGCACUAGACGCUCAUUCUGAAGCUGUUGUUCAGGAAGCUCUGAAUAAUGCAGCAGUAGGUCGAACGACUAUUAUGAUUGCUCAUCGUCUUUCCACAGUAAAGAAUGCUGACAAAAUUUGUGUAUUUGAGAAGGGUACCAUAGUUGAGCAAGGAACGCAUCAUGAGCUGGUAGAACUAGAUGGUCGUUAUGCUCAACUUGUCAAAGCUCAACAGUUUCAACAUGACGAUGAUGAGAAAGUGGAAGAUGAAGACUACUUGUACGUUUUAAUCAGUGAAGGAACAGAAAUGUUUAAAAGACUUCGUUCUCAGAUAGCUGGAACUUUUUGUGCAAUGAUCUGUGGUCUUCACUUGCCAUCCUUAUGUCUCAUCAGCAAGUAUAUUUUUGAAGCAUUUGCUUCUCAGUCCUAUGACGAUUAUAUGAUUCAUAGGCUAUGUAUGGCAAUGGUGAUGUUUUGUUGCUGCGGUUUUGGAGUCACUCUUUUUCAGUUCCUCAGUAGCAUGUUUUAUGGAAUUGCCUCUGAAAAUAUGGCUCUUUCGUUCCGAGUACGGUCAUUCCGAAAUAUUCUUCUCCAAGAUGCUGCAUACUUUGAUCAACCGGAACACACUCCUGGGAAACUGAUCACUCGCUUGGCUACUGAUGCUCCAAACGUUAAAGCUGUGAUUGAUUCUCGUAUGCUGCAAGUGAUUUUUGGAAUAACUGCGCUUUGUGUCAAUACCAUCAUUGGCUACAUUUACUCUUGGCAGGUGACAACAUUAGGAUUCGGAUUCUCACUAAUGCUUGCUGGACUUCAAAUAUUCUUGGCUCAUCUAAUUCAAAACAAAAACUUGAAACUUAUAGCUGCUGAUGAAGCCGGAAGGUUGGCAGUGGAAAUAUUUGAAAAUGUCAAAACAAUUCAACUUUUGACACGAGAAGAAGUUUUCUAUAAAAAUUAUGAAACUGCUUCAAAACAUCACAAAAGGUCUGAAAUUUCUAAAGCAUGGAUCGAAGCAGUGAAUUUCUGCGUGUCUCAGACAUUCCAAUAUAUCAUGCAAAUUCUUACUUACUCUGUAGGUAUACACAUUAUGUAUAAGGACAUGAAAAGUCCGAAUGAUGUCUUCAUUGCUAUUAUUGCAAUGCUUCUUGGUGCCGUUGGAGUAAUGAACGCAGCAUCAUACUUCCCAGAAUUCGUCAAGGCAAGAACAGCAUCUGGCCUGCUUUUCGCAACGAUAUACCGUCAACCAAAAACCGGGGACUACAAACAAGGAGAAAAAACAUUAAGAGGUAACGUGAUGUUUGAAAAUGUCAAAUUUUGCUAUCCUCUUAAGCCAAAGGAUCCAGUCAUGAGGGGCUUGCAGUUCAGUGCAACUCGCGGACAAACAGUGGCUCUUGUAGGGCCAUCCGGCUGCGGCAAAAGCACAGCAAUUUCUCUUCUGGAAAGGUUCUAUGACCCAGCUGGUGGCUUUGUGCGUCUCGAUGGUAAAGACUUGUCAAAGCUAUGCUUGCAUCACGUAAGGACUCAAAUGGCACUGGUCGGGCAAGAGCCGAGGCUGUUUGGUGGUUCCAUACGUCAAAACAUUUGUUUAGGUUUGGAAGAGAAACCUACAGAUGACAAGAUCAAAACAGCGCUUAAGCUUGCAAACGCAAGUUCGUUUGUCGAAGCUCUUCCUGAGGGACUUGACACAGAUGUUGGUGAAAAAGGUUCAAAGCUUUCUGGCGGACAGAAACAGCGUAUAGCAAUUGCGCGAGCUUUAGUAAGAGAUCCAAAGAUUCUAUUACUGGAUGAAGCAACUUCCGCUCUUGAUUCUGAGGCUGAGAAGGCAGUCCAAGAAGCUCUUGACCGAGCCAGUGAAGGUCGUACCUGUAUUACUAUUGCACAUCGAUUAUCCUCAAUCCAAAACUCUGAUGUUAUAAUAUACAUUGAUCAUGGUAAAGUACGUGAGUUUGGAACACAUGCACAACUGAUGGCUAAGAAAGGCAAGUACUAUGAUCUAAUUAGAAAGCAGGAUCUUGCCGGUUAA